AUGUUAAUAUGCUUCAGAGAAAACUGGAAAUUCGAAUUAGAUAAGAACAGAAAGGAUGGAGUAAAAAUUGUGCUGCAAACAAGCAAUAGAAUUCUUACAGAAGAAGAAAAAUAUGAAAAGGCUUCAACACUUUUUUUGGAAGGAGUUGAACUGGAACAGCGUGGAGAAAUGUGUGAAGCGGUACAUCGAUAUACGAAUGCUAUACGUCUGGUUCCUGAUAUUGAAUUUAAAGUAUUUAGAAAUGCUACGAAAAAAACUUCACCGAAAAAAGAGAUAGUCGAUCAUCAAAUAGAUUCAAACUUAAAUCUUCGAGAUUUCGUUAUUGAUUUCAACAUGAAAGAUGCACUUUAUCAGAGAGUUAUGCAAAGAGAAAUGCUGAUAAUGGCUGCAGCAGAAUCAAAUGAUUGUCAUAUAAGUAAACUGCCUAUUGAAUUAUUAAUGAAGAUUGUGAAACAUUCUGUUGGAAUUGGGCUCGACUCAUUUUUUUCUCGAAAUAUUUCGGUGAUAUUUAAUAGAGAUAAUAUAUUAUGGCAUGGCAUAUGUUUACGCAUUUUCGACGCAAAACGUGUUGAAUUAAUUGAAGGAAAUUUUGCAAACUGGCGACAUAUGUUUAUCUCUUGUCCGCAUCUUUAUUUUCAUGGUGUGUACAUUGGAAAAUGCACUUAUUUUCGUCCUGGCGAGGCUUCAUUUCAAGACAACUUUUAUCGACCGUGGCAUAUUAUAACUUACUAUCGCUUUAUGAGAUUUUUUGCUGAUGGCGUUGUUAUAAUGGUGACUUCUUCCGAUCCACCGGUUCAAAUCGUUUCUGCAUUAAAAUCAAAAUCAACACGUUUAAAUGGUGUGCUAUUUGGGCGAUACUGGUCAACUACUCAAGGUCGAAUCGCUGCAGAAUUUCAUCGUAAAUCAAAUGGAUCUCAACAAAAGUUAUUUCAAAAGAAAAGAUUCAUUGGUCGCGAAUUCUUUUCGCAUGAGAUAAUCGAUCAAAAGUUCUAUUUAGAACUUCGUUUUGGAAGCGGCAGAAAGCGUUCGGCUCAUUGCACUUUACACUGGGAUAAAUACGAUUGUACCUUCACAUAUUUAGAUGGAAAUGUUUCUACGAAUUCGUUUAAUGUGAAUGAUCGUCAAGCUUUUCCAUCGUUUUCUUUUAGUCGUGUUAAAAGUUUUGCAAUACCUGAAAUGCGUGACAUUGUUGCCUAA